AUGCCACAUAUCCAUGGAUUCAUUGACAACACCACCUUUAACUACCUUUUGACAAUACAAGACUAUGAAGUCUAUCAGGAACAAUUUAUAUAUGGAAAAGAAGAACAACAGCUAUGGGCAAAGGGAGAACCCACACCAUUUGCACUGAUCCUGGAAGGAGAAGACAUUAGGGCAUUCCUCUGUCUCAGACUCACCAGGUACUGGGUCAUUCCAUACAGCACAACAGUCCUCUCCAUCAUAUCAAAAAAAAAAAAAAAGUGGUCUCCCAGUACAUUGGAUCACAAGAAGGAGAGAGUCCAUGAUUACAUCCAGGAGGAGGCAAAAAGUUUAUCAUCCCACAUUACAGAGCAUAUGCCAAGUACAUUCAGUGGAAGUAUGAACAAGACUAUAGAGAUGGGAGGAGAUAUUAAUAUGAACUUUUGGGAGCAGUCCAAUGAUAUUCCCUCAAACAACAAUUACUGCUCUAUGGUAAUACCAAGUUUGCCAACAAAUUUCAGCAAAUCAUCUGCUGGAAUAGAGUCAUCACACAGAAGUUUGAACUUUCCAUCUACCAGUAACUUAGGGACAGAAGAAUGUACCCAUAAUGCAGAAACUGAGGAAUGGGAUAUAUACAUCAACGAGAAUGAUAACAAUGUGUCACAGCCCACAGCCGACGAGGUAGAACAGAUCCUAGAAAAUCAUAUACAGGAUUUUUGA